AUGGCACAGUCACUCGCGGCUGCAACUCCACCCCUUGAACUACGGACAGUCGUGUCAGCGCUCAUAUUCCCCGCCCGACCAUACGCAUCCAAACCAUAUCGAGUCCUGCUCUUCCGCCGUUCUGAAAAAGUUCGGACGUACCAGAGGAAGCUCGCACCUAUCGCCGGCUCAGUCGAAGCAGACGACCAGAAUCCUCUGGCUGCGGCAUGGCGCGAAAUAAAAGAAGAGACUGGUUUCGGACCACAACAGCUCGAGCUAUGGAGAAGAGGAGCCGGCUUCGAGUUUACCGAUGAGAAAGCCGUGAGUGGCCAGAAUGGCGGCAACUCCAAGGGCAGGAUCUGGAAGGUCUGGCCCUUCGCAUUCCGCCUGAAAGGAACGCUGGCCGAUCAAGACAGUGAUGUCAGUAAACUGGGCUUGAGCCUCGACUGGGAGCACCUAGGCUGUGAGUGGAAAGAUGUGAGCGACAUACUUGAUCGGAAGAUCCUGGAUGAUUGCGUCCCAAGGCUAGAAAUUACCCUUGGCCAGCUCUGGGUUGAUCCAGGAAGUGUGCUGCAUCAGGGACUCGAGGAACUCCGACUGGAUCAUCAACACGGCGCCAGAGAAUUGGCUACAAUGGCGAUCAGAUCAAUGGUCAAGAUCGUGGAACAUGAUCGACAAGCCCAGCCUCCUAGAAAUAUUCAGCAAUGGUGGCAAAGUUUCCAACAACAAGCAUUUCAUCUUGCUUUCAAUGGCCGACCCAGCAUGGGUGCCGCCAUCUGUGGUGCUGUGGCCACCGCAUUGAAAGACGCCAAAGGGUGCAUCGAUGCUGAAGGCCAAAACCCUCUUGACCGAAUUAAGAUGAGCCUGGAAGUGUAUCUCAUGCGCCGCAAGCAGAUAUCAAAGCAAGUGAGUGACCAAUUUUCCACUUUCUUACAAGAGAGGUUCAAGGCAACUCAAACCGGACCAGCCGAAACAAAAUCUGUGAAAAUUCUAACCUUAAGUUCUUCAUCGACUAUCAAAGCUGCAAUUCUACACGCCCUGGACGCCGAUGAAUCAUUGUCUCUAGAACUGAGAAUCCUUGAAUCACGUCCGCUGAAUGAAGGCGCAAGUUUUGCCAAGGCGCUGACGCAGGAGGCUCAACGGCGGCGAGAAUACCAAAGCAGUGGCCCUUGCUUCCACGACCGGUUACGCAUAAUACUGGCAAGCGAUGCCUCGGUGGCGAUCCUGAGCAAAAACGUCGAUUUCGUCGUGAUGGGCGCUGAUCGCAUUUCAGAAGCUGGCGAUGUCAGCAACAAGACUGGCUCAUUAGCGGCCGCCUUGGUAAGCAAGUUUGUCACUAAUGGCUCAGUUGAUGUUGUGUGCAUCAGCGAGAGCGAGAAAAUAGCUGUCCCUGGGACAGCAGAGGAGAACCAAGAGGAGGAUAAUGACGAGGAUGAACUGGCUAGUACCUGGCAUGUGGAGGGUUCGGCAGCAUGGAAGGAGAUGGUAACGGUGCGCAACGUCUAUUUUGAAUGGUGUCCUGUCAGGUACGUCGAUCAUUACAUCUGUGAGGAUGGCGUGUUAUCGACCCAGGACAUCCGUCAGAGGUCAAGCCAUACCUUGAAACUCAUCGAAGAGGUAUUCCCAUCGGAGCAUGUCUAA